AUGCUUGAUGAAAAUUACGACAAAUUCACGCAGAAGAGCCCAAUCUUCAAUCUCUAUAUUCGGCUGGAUAUUCCUGAAAAAGCUGCUAUUACGACACCAAAGCCCAAAAGCGAAAUUCCAUUUCCUACGCUCAUACACGAUUCAGCAAUAAGGCAAGCAUUGGCUGCUGAUGAUGAGAAGGUUUUUGAAACGAGCAGUGCUCCCUUCAGUGAGAAUAACGACAUCGGAGAGCAUGCAAGCACUAUCGUACCGACUGCCCUGACAACCUUCACAUCUUUUCGAGGGUCAACUGCAUCAGUCAAAGUCGAUUACUUUGGCAGAUCUGGCCAAACAGACUCGAAAUUCAAUCCAUUACUCAAGUUCAGGGAGCCGCUUGGACCGAAUUCUUCUGAUGAAUUAAACUUGAAAAGUGCUGUUCCAAGAAAUUCCAGUGCGAUCAUUUCCGAUCCUGAACUACAGCAGCUGUCAGACUACGAAGCAAUUCCACGAUUAGCUUUGCCUUCGGAACGCAUC